GUUCGUGUGGAGAUGGCGGCGACGGCGGCGGCGUGCACCCAUCUCCCCAGACUUGGAGCUGCAGUCGGCGAGUAGUGUUAGUGCAGUGAGUGCGCGAAAUCAAAGAAAGGCUUACCGUAAGCCUAGUGUUUUCACAGUGAGUGCUAGUGCGCGAAAUUGUGAUGUUGACCGUCAACAUAUGGGCAAUAUAGGUGAUGUGUCGUGUGAAAUUGAAAAACAAAACAAAGCGUGUUCUCCCAUACCGCAAAGACAUUUUAAUAUCUAAUUAUAAAAAUAAUUGUUUAAUAAUAAGUUAGAUACUGUAACCAUUUUCAUCUUACAAAUAACAAUCAUUCACUAGGUUAAGUUACAAAUUGUUUAUCACCUUGUUACUUAAAUAAGAUCAUCUCAUCAAUCACAUAUCACCUAACUUACAUUAUAAUCAUCUCUUCACAUUUUGGCCCGGCAGCAUGUACGGUCCAACCGUACAUUUCUGCUGGCGUUAACAUUUUACGCAAUGUAUAGCGAUUGCAUUGCGUAGUUGGACAAUUAUAACAACUGAGUUAGUUCACGUUUUCACCGUAAACGCGACGGACGCGAACUCAUCAACAUAACAUUUAACAUUAACAUUUAGCAUUAUUCAACAUAUUUUAAUCUUAUAUUUUUUACUUGUUUAUUAAACUGUUUUAACAUAAAAUCUAAAUUAUUAUUGAACAGUCGUCCAUUACCCGAACAGAGAGUGAGGAUAAACAGAAUGCAACUGUGCUUGCGCAUACACUCUGGUACUAUAAUCCUGCCUUGCGCGAAUGCCUAGUCUCCGUUCAGACUGGCCGCUGUGACCGACUUUCGGUCUAGAGGACAUUAUUAUUACUGUUUACCAGCAGAUGUCACUCAUGCAUUAGUAUUAAGGUGUCCGUCCUAUUUUGGGGUUUUGUGGGUGUAAAUAUUUUCUAGCCUAGAAUAACAUUUCUAAACUAAAUCAGUAAAUAAUUUCUAAACUAAAACAGUAAAAUGUUUUUUUUUUUAAUAAUAUAGGACUCCGUUUUUGUUUAGGAGUCUGUCUUUGUGAAAUUCUAAAAUGAAUUGAGAAGCACACUCUUACGGCUACAUUCCUAUUUAUAUAUUACUAGCUGGUACCCGGUGCAUUGUUGCCGCAAAAUAAAUAAUUGUGGAAAUAUCGUUACACAUUUGGAAGAGUUGUAUUGUUUAAUUAGUAAUGAUAAUACAAUAAUUGAAAUUGAAUGAUCUAUAACUUUAAAAUAAAAUGUCGGUACAACACGCGCACCACCUAGUGUAAGUCAAUUGUGCUAUGGCCAUGCUAUAUACCAUGCUAUGGUAAAUACCUUCGCGCAAGUGCAAUAAACUGCAAUAACUUGUGAAAGUUUUACCGCAAUCUGACGGUACGGUAGCGCAUAAAAUACGAACAAACAAACAUUAAUUUUAUUAUAUUACAUAUGCUGAUAAUUAAAACCUUUUUUUUGUUAAAUAAAUGAACCUUUACUAAAUUAGGGAAGACCAUUGACAAUUUCUGUUUGGCUAUUUUUUUUUAAAUUUUCUUAUAAGAAUGAAAAAGAUGUAAUGAGAUGCAUCAUGCGUAUGUGUACCCAAUAAUUUAUUUUACUUACAGGCUAUUUCGUUUAAAUCCCGUCACAAAAACUUACUUUAAAGCAAUUAAAGACAUGGACGAGGAACAGCUGUCGAAGAGUUAUCAGUUCAAAGCCCACGCAAUAAAUCUGAUGUCAUCAAUAAACACGGCGGUGACAAACCUCAAUCAACCGGAGGUCGUGAUAGCGUUGAUGAACAAAUUAGGGGAAACACAUAGAAAGCGACGCGUCGAACAGUUGCAUUUCGAUCAAGUAAAAGAAGUACUGGUGGGCAUUCUUCGUAAUGAUAUGAAAUUAUCAGAAGAUAUUAUCAGCUCUUGGGUGAAAUUCGUGACAUUUAUUUAUAAGCAUAUAUUCGAAGUAUUAAACGAUAAAUAGAUGUGAAAUCUGUAUUCCAUUAUUAUUGUAAAUUAUUUAAUUUAAUAAGAGAUUAUAAUAUUGUGAUAAAAGUAACAUUAUGUGACGUGAAUUAAAAUAUUUUUGCAUU